AGAGAGAAACAGAGACUUGGUACGAUUAUAGAUGGAAAAUACUCCAGCGGACGAUCCUGUGGAAAAAAACAGACUCCAUUGGUUGUUUAGUUGGAGUGUGACAUCAGUUGGUGUGUAUGUAAGCCAUGGGCGGUCCAUUGAUGGGGAGGGAGCUACAUUAGCAGCAGGACCUGCCUCUGCUGGAAGCAGAAAACUGGACCACAAGCGAGCAGCAGAUGCUACAGAGAAGCCUCACCUCCACUGAGUGAGCUGCUGGACGAGACUUCAGCAGAGAAGAACAAAAAGAAGGUUCCGCUGGUCGUAGUGAGGGUGCUGCACAAAUAAGCAAGCUUCCUUUCUAGGCCCCACCUUCUCGCCUGCACCUCCGCCAUGGACCGCUCGGCGCAGGAGCUUUUCCUCAACUUCAUGAUCGUCUUAAUCACGGUGCUGCUCAUGUGGCUGCUGGUCAAAACCUACCAGGACUGAUUGAGGCAUGGAGCAGCGGCAGAGGAGAGGGAAAACCAGAAGAAAAGAGGGAGUGGCCAGCAUGUAAGACUUUGCCACUGGCUCAGUUUUGUCCAGAUACAGAGUUUACAUUUUUGCUGGUCUGAUCCCGUCUUCACGGGAGGCUGAAUGUUGUUGAGAUUGAUGAAGCCAAGGCAGCGGCUCUUGGAUUUGUGUUUGUAUUCCGAGAAGCUUUUAGGAUGCAGCCCCAAAUAGUUGGGAGGGUGAAUAAAUUAUAAGCGGGUGAGCUUUAAGAGUUUUCAUCUGUGAAAGCCUUCAAAUUGACCACUAGCCAACACUGACAUGUAUGCAAUAAAAAGUCAUGUCAAAGUGUUAUUCAUGCACUUUUAGAUACUAUUCCUGUCUGCUUUUUAUGAAUGUCUCCACCACAGAUCUAUUCAUAAAUCAGAACACAAACCAUCUAUUUUCUGUGUUCCCUUUUUACAAUUAAACACUAUAAAUGAGGA